UCCCCUCUGCAGGAACACACAGUGAUUUUACAGAGGGUUUUUUUUUUUUUGAAAGACCCUCAUCAUGAUCUUUCAAGCAAUUUUUGAGUGUAUGGACUUUACCAGUUGGCUGUUGCUCGGUUUUGUGGUGCUACUUUUGACGGAUGUGGUCAGAAACUGGAGGCCACACAACUUUCCACCUGGACCUCUGGCCGUGCCUUUUCUGGGAAAUGUCUUCACCGGAGUUGACUUCAAAUCUCUGGAGAGGCUUGCUAAGGAGUACGGUCCAGUGUUCAGCCUGAGGAGGGGCAGCCAGAGGAUGGUGUUUAUCUCAGGAUACAAGAUGGUCAAAGAGGCUCUUGUUAACCAGCUGGACAGCUUCAUGGAUCGACCGAUCGUCCCUCUCUUUCACGUCAUCUUCAAGGGCCUCGGCAUAGCUCUGAGCAAUGGUUACCUGUGGAAGAAGCAGAGGAAGUUCGCCAACACGCACCUGCGUUACUUUGGAGAGGGUCAGAGGUCAAUGGAGAAAUGUAUUGAAGUGGAAAGCAACUUCCUCUGUGAAGCUUUCAAAGAGGAACAAGGGAGGCCGUUCAAUCCCCAAUACAUUUUAACGAAUGCGGUGUCCAACAUCAUCUCGUCGGUGGUCUUCGGACAUCGAUUUGAAUACAGUGAUAAAACCUUCCGCAAGAUUCUGGAGUUGGACAACGAGGCCAUUGUGCUCGCUGGCUCCGCUCAGACUCAGCUGUACGAUGCCUUCCCUGGCUUGCUGCACUACCUGCCAGGACCUCACCAGACCGUCCAUGCCAACUACCGUGAGAUCAUAGCUUUCCUGAAAGCGGAAGUGGAGAGGCACCAAGAGGAGAGGAACCCCGAUGACCCCCGUGAUUAUAUCGAUGUGUACCUGGGAGAGAUGGAAAAGAAAAAGGAGGAUCCCCAGGCUGGCUUCAACAUUGAAACCCUUCUGAUUUGCACCCUGGACCUGAUUGAGGCUGGUACAGAAUCAGCUGCCAACACUUUACGCUGGGGCAUCGUAUUCAUGUUGAACUACCCAGAGAUACAGCAGAAGGUCCAGGCGGAGAUCGACAGAGUGAUCGGGCAGUCUCGUCCGCCCAACAUGACCGACAGACCCAAGCUGCCUUACACGGACGCUGUCAUCCACGAGAUUCAAAGGAUGGGAAAUAUUGUUCCCCUGGGAUUCCCUAAAAUGGCCAGUAAAGACACUACACUGGGAGGGUACUUCAUACCAAAGGGCACUCCUAUCACCACCAUGCUUGCAACUGUGCUGUUUGAUAAGGAUGAGUGGGCGACUCCAGAUGUCUUCAAUCCUGAGCAUUUCUUGGAUUCAGAGGGCCAGUUUCGCCGAAGAGAUGCCUUCUUGCCGUUUUCUGCAGGUAAGCGCGUGUGUUUAGGGGAGCACCUGGCCAGAAUGGAGCUGUUCCUUUUCUUCACAUGUCUCCUCCAGCGCUUCACCCUCUCGCCUGCUCCUGGAGAGAUGCCCAGCUUGGAGGGCGUGCUGGGCUUCACCUAUUCCCCUCAGGCGUUCAGGGUUGUGGCUUCCAAGAUGUGGCUGUAUAACUUUCUGCUCGGUCUCGACCUCAAGGGGCUCUUCUUGUUUCUUUUUGUUUUCAUCUUGAUUGCGGACUUCCUCAAAAACAGGAAUCCUCCAAAUUUUCCACCAGGACCGCUUUCUCUGCCUAUUGUGGGGAACAUGUUCAGCGUGGACAGUAAACAUCCACACAAGUAUUUUACCAAGCUGGCUGACACCUUUGGGAGUGUGUUCAGCGUUCGCCUCGGCAGUGAUAAGAUGGUGUUUGCAUGUGGGUACAAGAUGGUGAAGGAAGCCAUUGUGACACAAGCCGACAACUUUGCGGAUCGACCACACAACGCAGUGACUGAGAGAUUUUACUCAGGAACCCGAAACGGUCUGUUCAUGAGCAAUGGUGAAAGAUGGAAGAAACAGCGACGCUUCGCCUUGACUACCUUACGUAACUUUGGCUUGGGCAAAAACACCGUGGAGCAGUGCAUCUGUGAGGAGAUCCGACACCUGCAGGAGGAGAUAGAGAAGGAGAAAGGUGAACUGUUCGGCCCAGCAGGCCUCUUCAACAACGCCGUGUCCAACAUCAUUUGUCAGCUGGUGAUGGGGAAACGGUUUGACUACAGCGACCACAGAUUCCAGGUCAUGCUGAAGUAUCUGGGUGAAGUUCUUCAGCUGGAGGGCUCCAUAUGGGGUCUGCUGUAUAAUGCAUUCCCUGGAGUGAUGAAGCACAUGCCAGGUCCUCACAACAAAAUGUUCAGCCAGUUCAACACAGUCCUGGACUUCAUUACUGAGGAAGUGGAGCUUCACAAGAAGGACCUGGACCGCAACAAUCCCCGGGACUACAUUGACUCUUUCAUCAUUGAAUUGGAGAAACACAAAGAGUCUGACCUGGGCUUCACUGAGACCAAUCUGGCUAUGUGCUCUGCGGAUCUGUUCUUAGCCGGGACGGAGACAACCUCCACCACUUUGCUGUGGGCUUUGAUAUACCUUAUCAAAAACCCUGAUGUCCAGGAGAAAGUCCACGCGGAGAUAGACAGAGUGAUCGGACAGAACCGCCUUCCCACUAUGUCAGACAGACCCAACCUGCCCUACACUGACGCUGUCAUCCACGAGAUCCAGAGGAUCGCAAACAUUGUUCCUCUCAAUGGACUCAGAAUGGCCACCAAGGACACGACACUGGGCGGUUACUUCAUACCCAAGGGUACGUCCCUGAUGCCCGUUCUGACCUCUGUGCUGUUCGACAAAGACGAAUGGGAGACUCCAGACAAGUUCAACCCUGGACACUUCCUAGACGCUGAGGGAAAGUUUGUGAAGAAAGAAGCUCUCCUGCCUUUCUCUGCAGGGAAACGUGUGUGUCUCGGAGAAGGCCUCGCCAAGAUGGAGCUGUUCCUGUUUUUGGUUGGUUUACUACAGAAGUUCUCCUUCUCCGUUCCUGAUGGUGUAGAGCUGAGUACAGAAGGAAUCAGUGGAACUACACGUGUACCACACCCCUACAAAGUUUACGCCAAGGCUCGCUGA